CAUAGGGCAUGCAGAGGAGGAGGCUCUCUUUAGUUUGUUCUGAAUUUAAAGGGCUGGUUCUAACCUACUGACGAAAGAAUAACUGUUUUUUUCUUUGUUUCUUUUACCAAGACAAAGAAUAUAAAAUUCAAUUUUAAGCAACAGUAGAAGAAAUAUACCUUUGGACCGAAUCUUUUUAUUUUUCUCUUCAAAUGAUGGGAAAUUUAAGACGCGUUUCUCUCCGGUGGAUACAAUGGCGACUAUUUACCGUACUGCAGCGGCAAAUCGGACUGCUUGUUUUUCUGCUUCAUUUUAUUUACAUUGUAGAUGGACAGAUUCGUUAUUCUGUACCAGAGGAAAUGAAGAAGGGCUCUGUCAUAGGUAAUGUGGCACAGGAUCUUGGUUUGGAUGUGAAAAGGCUCCGAUCUGGACGCGCCCGUAUCGUGACGGGAGAAAACGUUCAAUACACCGAGCUGAAUACAGACAAAGGGAUCCUUCUUGUGAACGAAAGAAUAGACCGGGAGCAGCUAUGUGGGGACACCACACCAUGCAGCUUUAGUUUUGAAUUAAUACUGGAAAAUCCGAUGGAACUGCACAGAAUAACUGUAGAGGUUUUGGAUAUAAAUGAUCACGCUCCGGUAUUUCCAAGCAAAGAUAAAUCAAUCAGGUUUGAGGUAAGCGAAUCAGCUGCCAUAGGAGUGCAGUUUCCACUGCAGACCGCAGAGGAUUUAGAUGUAGGCCAAAACGCGUUGAAAGAUUAUGUUCUGUCACCAAAUGACAAUUUUAUUCUAAAACAACAUGUAAACCCAGACGGAGGUAAAAAUAUUGAAAUGGUGCUGCAAAAGCCUUUAGAUAGAGAACAACGUCCUAAUCUGCAUUUUAAACUAAUCGCAUUGGACGGAGGAACACCGCAGAGAUCUGGAUCGGUGAAUAUAGAUGUGACUGUAUUAGAUGCUAACGACAAUAUUCCUGUUUUUAACCAAUCGGUUUAUAAAGCUUCUGUGGUAGAAAACACAAUUAAAGGUACAAGUGUUAUUACUGUGAAUGCCACAGACGCUGACAGUGGAUCAAACGGGUUAAUCGCUUUUAGUUUGUCUAAAACAAAAGGAAGUGCUGCAGAUAUUUUUAGCAUUGAUAAUAGUAUGGGCACUAUUUAUGUGUUUGGUGAAAUAGAUUUUGAGAAACAGAAAAAAUAUGAGGUGCGAGUUGAGGCAAAAGAUCAGGGUGGAUUAAUCGGGACAAGUAAAGUUAUAGUUGAUGUUGUUGAUAUCAAUGAUAAUGCCCCAGUGAUAAGUGUAAUGUCUUUUUCCAGUCCAAUAUUAGAAAACGCCCCUGUUGGUACAACAGUCGCUAUUUUGAACAUAAAAGAUGCUGAUUCUGACAAAAAUGGUCGAAUUAAAUGUUCAUUAGAAGGAAACAUUCCUUUUAGAAUUGAAUUAUCUUUAACAAAUUAUUACAAUUUGAUAUUGGAUCAAGAGUUGGACAGAGAAUCUGUCACAGAUUAUAACAUAACGAUAAAAGCUACCGAUUUUGGUUCUCCUCCUCUGACUACUUCGACAAAAUUGCAUCUUAAGGUAUCGGAUGUUAAUGACAACGCUCCAGUGUUUGACAAAAGUAGCUAUUCUGCCUACAUCAUGGAAAAUAAUCCACCGGGCUAUUCCAUAUUUGCUGUUUGUUCGCGGGAUUCUGACUGGAAUCAAAACGCUAGAAUAUCUUAUUUUUUAGAGGACACACAGGUCAAUGGUAAUCAAGUUUCUGCAUAUAUAUCUUUAAACGCUGAGACCGGAGUUCUGACAGCACUGCGGUCGUUAGAUUAUGAGCAAAUAAAAGAGUUUCAGCUUGUGGUCAAAGCGCAGGAUGGAGGCUCUCCUCCACUCAGUAGUAAUGUGACCGUGAAAAUCCUGAUUCAGGACCAAAACGAUAACCCCCCACAGAUUCUUUACCCAGUCCAGACAGGUGGCUCUAUGGUUGCUGAAAGGGUGCCUCGUUCAGCAGAUGUGGGCUACCUGGUGACUAAAGUGGUGGCUGCUGAUGUGGACUCUGGACAGAAUGCCUGGCUCUCCUAUAAACUGCAGAAAGCUACAGACAGGGCGCUGUUUGACGUGGGCUUACAGAAUGGAGAAAUAAGAACAAUCCGUCAGGUGACUGAUAAAGAUGCUGUGAAACAGAGACUGACUGUUAUAGUGGAGGACAACGGGCAGCCCUCUCGUUCAGCAACAGUUAUUGUUAACGUGGCGGUGGCGGACAGCUUCCCUGAAGUGCUCUCAGAUUUUACUGAUUUUUCACAUAAGGAGUACAAUGAAAAUCUGACUUUUUACUUGGUAUUGGCCCUGGCUGUGGUCUCAUUCCUCUUCAUCACAUGUUUGGUGGUUAUUAUAUCAGUGAAGAUCUACAGAUGGAGACAGUCCUGCAUCCUGUAUCACUCCAACCUUCCUGUGAUUCCUUAUUAUCCACCACGUUACUCAGACACUUUGGGAACAGGGACCCUUCCACACGUGUACAAUUACGAGGUGUGCAGGACCACUGACUCCAGAAAGAGUGACAGUAAGUUCUGCGGAACCGGUAGUCAGAACGUGUUGAUAAUGGAGCCCAGUUCUACAGGGACAAUGCAGCGGAUGCACAAUGAGAAGAACAUCCUGGAUGAACCAGACUCUCCUCUAGAGGGUCGCACUCUUUUCAGGACCAUGGACAGCUACUAA